AUGAUUGUGCGAGCGCCCGAUGGAAACACCAGUUCAGUGGCUAAAACACCCAGAAAAGCACUCACAGUACUUGCGACACGUUUGCCACAUCAUGUACUUUCGCAGAUAUUUCAGUAUCUUCAGCUAUCUGAUCUGCGUAGUUGUACCCUGGUGUGUCGCCACUGGUGCAAUGUGCUUAAUUUUGAGGACAGUACUGUUUGGCGGGCUCUUGCUCAAAGGAAGGUGUCUGAGUCUGCGUUAGCUGAUCCCUAUCUGCUUGGCGAGCUCAAUUCGUAUAAAAAGAAAUUAAGGGCAUUCUAUUAUGCAUGGAAUCCCAACGAUGUGUCGAAAAACAACUAUGUCCGGGCAAAUGGUUUCACUGUUCAUCGUCAACCGGUGGCUCAGAGUACUGAUGGAGUACGUGGGAAGAUUGGCGUAUCACAAGGAGUCCACGCUUUCGAUGUUACUUGGGAAGGUCCACUAGGAACAGUGGCAGUGGUUGGAGUUGCCACGAGUUCUCACUUUGGGCAUGCCGCUCUUCAUUGCCCUGGCUAUUUACCUCUGCUCGGAAGUGAUGAUCAAAGUUGGGGAUGGAACCUUGUUGAUAAUACUCUCAUUCACAAUGGAGAUCAACUAGGAGUUUAUCCGCGAAUGAACAAUCCACCGAAAUAUCAGGUCGGAGAGAGAGUGCGGUUGAUACUGGAUUGUGACCGACACAUAGUCUACUUUGAACGUGGGGGCUCUGAAUUUCUCGGACUUGCAUUCACCGAUUUACCACCUGUUAAACUUUUUCCUGCUAUAUGUGCUGUAUAUGGAAAUACAGAGGUCUCCAUGCGGAUCACCAUGUAUGAAGACGAUGACGAUGAUAUGCCUUACGGGGAAGAAGCAGGUGACCACGAAGUAGAAGAGGAGGAUGAUGAGGAAAUUUCAAGUGAACAGUGGCAGGAAGCGUGUUGGGUGGUAAUUAGUGCCUACUUCGACGAAAAAGGUCUUGUGCGUCAACAGCUUGAUUCGUUUGACGAGUUCAUUCAGAUGAAUGUGCAAAGAAUCGUCGAGGACUCUCCACCAGUUGAACUGCAGGCGGAAGUGCAGCAUUUUUCUGGUGAUAUUGAGAAUCCGACAAAAUUUUCGCUCAAAUUCGAUCAGAUUUAUCUAUCCAAACCAACUCACUGGGAGAAGGAUGGAGCACCAACGCCAAUGAUGCCGAAUGAGGCACGACUUCGGAAUCUUACCUAUUCUUCGCCUCUUUAUGUUGAUAUCACCAAGCAAAUUCAACGAGAUGACGAGGUGACAGAAAGAAAAUACGAGAAAGUUUUCGUUGGUAAAAUCCCAAUCAUGCUCAGGUCAAGUUACUGCAUGCUCUCUAAUAUGUCGGAUCGCGAUCUUACCGAGCUAAAUGAAUGUCCGCUUGAUCCGGGUGGUUAUUUCGUCAUAAACGGCUCAGAAAAGGUACUGAUCGCGCAAGAAAAGAUGGCCACGAACACGGUGUAUGUGUUUUCCAUGAAGGAUGGGAAGUACGCCUUCAAGACGGAAUGUAGAUCCUGUCUUGAGAACUCAAGCCGUCCAACUUCAACUAUGUGGGUUAACAUGAUGGCACGUAGCGGAGGAGGUGCUAAAAAAACCGCGAUGGGCCAGCGAAUUAUCGCUAUUCUACCAUAUAUUAAACAGGAAAUUCCUGUGAUGAUUGUGUUUCGUGCUCUUGGCUUCGUCUCUGACCGUGAUAUCCUGGAGCAUAUAAUCUAUGAUUUUGAGGAUCCUGAAAUGAUGGAAAUGGUAAAACCAUCACUUGAUGAGGCUUUUGUGAUACAGGAGCAAAAUGUUGCUUUGAAUUUUAUUGGUGCACGUGGCGCAAAACCCGGAGUGACAAAAGAACAGCGUAUUAAGUAUGCAAAAGAAAUUUUACAAAAGGAGUUACUGCCUCAUGUAGGAGUAUCAGACUUCUGCGAAACCAAAAAAGCGUAUUUUAUCGGUUAUAUGGUGCAUCGUCUUCUGUUGGCCGCAUUAGGGCGACGUGAAUUAGACGACCGAGAUCACAUCGGGAACAAACGAUUGGACUUAGCUGGUCCCCUACUUGCUUUUCUUUUCCGCGCACUUUUCAGAAAUUUGUUGAAAGAGAUGAGACUUACGGCACAAAAGUACAUAAACAAGAAUGGAGAUUUUUCUUUGGAUGUGUGUGUGAAAACCUCUACAAUAACUCGUGGUCUUGCUUACUCACUGGCCACUGGGAAUUGGGGAGAUCAAAAAAAGGCACAUCAAUCCAGAGCUGGUGUUUCACAGGUUCUGAAUCGCCUGACUUACACUGCCACAUUAUCGCAUCUACGGCGAGCAAAUUCACCGAUAGGAAGAGAAGGGAAGCUCGCCAAGCCUCGACAAUUGCACAACACUCAGUGGGGAAUGGUGUGCCCUGCUGAAACUCCCGAGGGUCAAGCUGUCGGCUUGGUGAAAAAUCUGGCAUUAAUGGCUUAUAUUUCUGUCGGAUCGCUUCCUGAACCCAUUCUUGAGUUUUUGGAAGAAUGGUCAAUGGAGAAUCUUGAAGAGGUAGCGCCAUCAUCUAUAGCGGAUGCAACGAAGAUCUUCGUUAAUGGAGCGUGGGUUGGAAUUCAUAGAGACCCCGAACAUCUCAUGACAACACUCAAGAAGCUUCGCAGACAAAUGGAUAUAAUCGUGUCUGAGGUAUCCAUGGUGCGGGACAUUCGCGACAGAGAAAUCCGAAUCUAUACCGAUGCUGGUCGAGUAUGUCGACCCCUCUUAAUAGUUGAAAAGCAGAAGUUGGCUUUGAAAAAACGUCAUAUUGAUAAGCUGAAGGAACGAGAAUCCGGCAGUAAUUAUAGCUGGUCAGAUCUUGUAGGAGGUGGAGUUGUGGAAUUGAUUGAUGCGAUGGAAGAGGAGACUGUGAUGUUAGCUAUGAUGCCUGAAGAUCUGAAAGCGGGAGGGUAUUGCGACACGUAUACCCACUGCGAAAUCCAUCCAGCAAUGAUUCUUGGAGUGUGUGCUUCCAUAAUCCCAUUUCCAGAUCACAAUCAGAGUCCAAGAAACACAUACCAGAGUGCUAUGGGUAAGCAAGCUAUGGGUGUCUACACCACGAAUUUCCACGUACGUAUGGAUACUUUGGCACACGUGUUGUAUUAUCCCCAGAAGCCUCUGGUUACUACGAGAUCCAUGGAAUACCUCAGGUUCAAUGAACUCCCUGCUGGAAUCAAUGCUAUUGUUGCUAUUUUGUCGUAUUCGGGUUACAAUCAAGAAGAUUCUGUAAUUAUGAACCAAUCAGCAAUUGACAGGGGACUUUUUAGAUCGGUGUUCUAUCGGUCUUAUCGUGACCAGGAAGCAAACUUGGACGGUGCAAAUGAGGAGCUCAUUGAGAAACCUACAAGGGACAAAUGUUCUGGAAUGAGACAUUCUCUCUACGAUAAGUUGGAUGAUGACGGAAUUAUUUCCCCUGGUAUGCGUGUUUCCGGUGAUGAUGUUAUUAUUGGCAAAACUGUUGCGCUCCCUGAAGUUGAUGACGAUUUGGAUGCUAGCAGCAAAAAGUAUACGAAGAGAGAUGCGUCAACGUUCCUUCGCAGCUCAGAAACUGGUAUUAUUGACCAGGUCAUGGUCUCGCUAAACACUGAUGGCAACAAAUUCGUUAAGAUCCGUGUACGAUCAGUAAGACUACCGCAGAUUGGUGACAAAUUCGCGUCACGACACGGACAAAAAGGUACCAUGGGUAUCAUGUAUAGACAGGAAGACAUGCCAUUCACUUGUGAAGGUUUAACCCCGGACAUCAUUAUCAAUCCACAUGCAGUCCCUUCGCGUAUGACCAUUGGUCACUUGAUCGAAUGUUUACAAGGAAAGCUUUCCGCUAACAAAGGUGAAAUCGGGGAUGCUACACCAUUUAACGAUACUGUUAAUGUACAGAAAAUCAGCAAUUUGCUACAAGAAUACGGUUAUCAUUUAAGAGGAAACGAAGUUAUGUACAACGGCCAUACAGGGACAAAAUUGACUACUCAGAUAUUCUUCGGACCUACGUAUUACCAACGUUUAAAACAUAUGGUGGAUGACAAGAUUCAUUCACGCGCAAGAGGACCUAUCCAAAUGAUGAAUAGGCAGCCUAUGGAGGGUCGAGCAAGGGACGGAGGUCUACGCUUUGGAGAAAUGGAGCGAGAUUGUCAGAUUUCCCAUGGAGCAGCACAAUUCCUUCGUGAACGCCUAUUCGAAGUGUCGGAUCCCUAUCACGUUUACGUGUGCAACAAUUGCGGACUGAUUGUUGUCGCUAAUUUAAGAACAAAUAGUUUCGAGUGCAAGGCAUGUCGAAACAAAACACAAGUGUCUGCAGUUCGAAUACCGUAUGCGUGUAAGCUACUAUUUCAAGAGUUGAUGUCAAUGUCUAUCGCUCCUCGGCUCAUGGUAGAUCCAUAG